UUUGAUUGGUCGCUUUCGCAGCAUCGUUCGUUUGACAAGUAAAACAGUGGUCCGCAGGAAAAGAAAGCUCCGUGCGCUAUCUUCAUUUGUACACUGCAAAGAUGUCUGAGGAGCGAUCUGAAAGAUCCGAUGGGAGGAUUGUCAAGAUGGAGAUCGACUACAGUUCAACUGUAGACCAGCGUCUCCCGGAAUGUGAAAAAAUGGCUAAAGAGGGCAAGUUGCAGGAAGCCAUCGAGAGCUUGUUAUCAUUGGAGAAGCAAACCAGAACAGCAUCGGACAUGGUAUCAACCUCCAGAAUCCUUGUGGCUGUGGUUCAGAUGUGUUAUGAAGCCAAGGACUGGGAUGCACUCAAUGAAAACAUCAUGCUACUCACCAAACGGAGGAGUCAGCUCAAACAGGCUGUUGCCAAAAUGGUCCAAGAAUGCUACAAGUAUGUGGAUGCUAUGACUGAUCUCACCAUCAAGUUGAGGCUAAUCGACACACUUCGCACUGUGACAGCUGGAAAGAUCUAUGUGGAGAUCGAGCGUGCCAGGCUAACAAAAACCUUAGCUAAUAUCAAGGAGCAAAAUGGAGAGGUCAAAGAGGCAGCUGCCAUUCUUCAAGAAUUACAGGUGGAGACAUAUGGCUCGAUGGAGAAAAAGGAGAAGGUGGAGUUUAUAUUGGAACAGAUGAGGCUUUGCAUUGCUGUCAAGGAUUACAUUCGUACCCAGAUCAUCAGCAAGAAGAUAAACACCAAGUUUUUCCAAGAGGAGGGCACAGAGGAGCAGAAGUUGAAGUACUACAACCUGAUGAUUCAGGUGGACCAGCAUGAGGGCUCCUACCUGUCCAUCUGCAAACACUACAGGGCCAUUUAUGAUACCCCUUGCAUCUUGGAGGACAGCAGCAAGUGGCAACAGGCCCUGAAGAGUGUGGUGCUCUAUGUGAUUCUUUCACCCUAUGAGAACGAGCAGUCAGACCUUGUGCACAGAAUCAGUGGAGACAAGAAACUGGAAGAAAUCCCGAAAUACAAGGACCUUCUGAAACAGUUCACUACCAUGGAGUUAAUGCGCUGGGCAUCCUUGGUGGAGGAUUAUGGGAAAGAGCUGAGAGAGGGAUCAACCAACAGCCCUGCAACAGAUGUCUUCUCUUAUACAGAGGAAGGGGAGAAAAGGUGGAAGGACCUGAAGAAUAGAGUGGUCGAGCAU